CCCCCUUCAGCGUGCAUAUUUUUGGCAUCGAUGUAACGCAAGGCAGCAAGGGUCACACUCAUCCAUGACUACCGAAGACGCCACAACGGCCACGGAACAAAUGCCGAGAACUGUCUGUCGUUGAUUCAUUCUUCAACCGGUAUCAUUUCACCCCCACCAAUUCUUUUUUUUAUUUACUAACCAUGCAGACUGAAGUCGCAUUCUGGAUUAUUUAAUCCUCACCGUGUAGCAUGUGGCGGUUCUUAAUGCGUGGAAACCUGGAGGACACAAGUGCACUGGAACGUUAGGGUUCCCAGCAAAAAAUUGGCAAGGAUGUGACUUCCACUUACGUUUGUAGUAGUGGACCAUGGGAUAAUGUAUAAAGUCGAGCGUGCGAAGCCGAUAGUGCUCAAGUCCCAGCUCCAGUUCCGUAGCAGUCUCUUCUUGCAGUUUGGCUCCUCUCGGAAAGCACUGCCAUUGCCAAAAUGCUCCAAGAACUCCUUUCCCUCGCCCAAGGGCCCUACGCCCUACCCAUUUUGGCCGCCUCUCUCGUGACCUACGUCUUGGUCUCCAUCAUCAUCACCUACCGGCGCCUCUCCCACUUCCCGGGCCCCUUCCUCGCCUCCUUCUCCCCCCUCUUUAUGCUGAAGGUGUUGUUCUCGGGCCACCACGCCGAUGGCUACAGCCGCCUCAACCAGCAAUACCAAUCUCCCCUCGUGCGCAUCGGCUCUACAGACCUCAUCACCGAUGAUCCGGCCAUCAUUCGGCACAUGAACGGCGCCCGCUCCGCCUGGGGCCGAUCAAACUGGUACCGCGCCAUGACGCUCGACCCGCGCGGUGGCUCGCUGUUUGAUGAGCCUGACACAAAAACACACGACUUGUUCAAGGCGCGUUUAUCGUUCGGGUAUAGCGGGCGCGAGAACCCGGGUUUGGAAAGCGAUAUCGACGAGGUAGUCGGCACGCUGAUUCAGUAUAUCAAGUCGCGCUACAUAUCUGAUGACGAGCGGGGCGUCUUGAAGAGGAUGGACCUGGCCAAGGUGACGCAGUUCUUCACUUUGGACGUGAUCACGCGCAUCGCGUACGGGAAGGAGUUCGGCUGGCUGAAGAUGGACAAGGAUCAGUUUGAGUGGACGAGCACGGUCAUAAAAGCGGUGCCGGCCAAUAGCCUGAUGGCGGAACUCCCGCUGUUGCAGAAGAUCUUUUUGUCCAAGUGGUUCUUGCAGUGGUUUGGGCCGAAGCAUAGUGAUGCGAACGGUAUGGGGAGGGUCAUGGGCAUGGCGAGGGAGAUGGUGGCCAAAAGGUUUGGCGAGAAGGCGGAGGAUCGCAAGGACAUGUUGGGGAGCUUUGUUAGGCAUGGCAUUGAGCAGCAGGCGUGCGAGGUCGAGGUCCUGUUCCAAAUCCUAGCGGGCAGCGACACGACGGCAGUGGCGGUCAGGUCGACCUUUUUCCAUUUGGCGACGAGCAAGAAGGCAUAUGUGCGGUUGUUGGAGGAGAUUGACAAGGCAGUUAAGGAGGGGAAGAUCUCGAGCCCCAUCAGAGCCGAAGAGGCGAAGCACUUGGAGUACUUGCAGGCAUGCGUCUAUGAAGGACUGCGCAUGCAAGCACCUUUCUCCGGGUUAUGCAUGAAGUCACCACCCAAGGGCGGAGACUUCAUCAACGGCAUAUUCAUUCCCGAGGGCACUCGUGUCGGCCAUAACUUUGGCGGCCUGAUCCGGAGAAGAGAUGUCUUUGGCGACGACGCCGACGUCUUCCGGCCCGAGAGAUGGCUGAAUGCCGAGCCGGCCAAGAGGCUGGAGAUGCAGCAGACCACCGAGAUGGUGUUUGGCUAUGGCAGGUGGGCGUGUUUGGGCAAGCCUGUGGCGCUGAUGGAGUUGAGCAAGGUAUUUUUCGAGUUCUUCCGUCGCUUCGAUCUCCAGCUCGUGGAGCCCAAGAACCCGUGGCAUGAAUUUAAUGUCAACAUGUGCUUCCAGUCCGACUUGUGGGUCAAGAUCACGGAGCGGUUCUCGGAGGGGGAGAAGGUCUAGACAGCGAGUUGGGCCAGAACGAUUAGCAGAAAUCCAAGUCAUUCGUCAAGAAGACCUGCAACAAGCAAAUGAAGCUACCGUCGUGCAUGUCCUGGGGGGUGCUGCCAGGACGGACCUUUCCCACCCACCAGCGCAACAGCGGAUUGAACAAACAAGCUGCCGUCGCCCUCGGUAAUCUAUCGCGAUGACUUUGUGGCUUACCAAGAAGGCUUCUGUCUCGAUAU